UUACUUAACACUUAACACUGCUACAGUUGAAGUUUGAAGCCGUGUUGGUAGUAAAAAUAUUUUGAUGGUAGUAAAAUAGGUGGUAAAAAGGUAGUAAAUUCAAUUUAAGAAUCUCUAUAUAAACCCUGAUCUACUGAACCCGGAACAUCCCUUUAAAUACGAUUAACAAUUAACUACUUUUUUAUCUGAAGCAUUAUAAAUCAAGUACAAAGGACAGUAAAUCAGGGACUAUAAAAGAGCAUGAGGGUCUGUGGGGAUGACAGAGCAAGAGCUGGACACGAACAUCAGUGAAGAAUGAAGGGUUGGUUAUGUACGCUGCUGCUGCUGGAAAGCUUUGUGUUUGUGGUACAGCAGCAGGUAGAUGGAGGACUCGCUGAGAAUGAGAUCAGUCAACAGCUCAGCAAUGAGGACAGAAGACAGAAUCCACCUCAGACAGACUCUCUGAGAGAUGAAGCUUCGACUGACAGCCAACAAUACUGCCAUCUGAGCUUCCCUGACAUCCACGCAGCACUGAGAGAGCUGACCGCCACCGUUACAGAGCAGAAAGCCCACAUCAGAGCUUUAGAGACACAGCUGAGAGAAGACCUGAACAAGAAAACUGAUGCCUUAGAGACGCGACUGACGGAUGCAGAGAAAACUGCAGAACAACAGACGGUCAUCCUGGAAGAGCUGAACAAGAAAACUGAUGAAAUUUCUAAUCUUACUGAGAGUCAAGUGGAGGAGCUGAGAAAGGAAAAUAGAGACAGAGAAAUAGCAUUUUCAGCUUCACUGAUGGAGUCUGGCAGUGGACAUAUCGGUCCUUUCACCACUGAUAUCACACUAACCUACAGGAACGUCUUCACAAACAUAGGGAACGCCUACAACCCAAUUACAGGUAUUUUCACAGCUCCACUGAAAGCAGCGUACAUGUUCACCUUCUCUGUCUAUGAUCAUGCUAAUCCCUCAACUCCAUCAACUGUCUCCAUUAUGAAGAACGGAGAGAAGGUGGUUAUGGCACAUGGUCAUCAGGCUCAGUACGUUGUAAACUCCUCAAAUGGAGUUGUGUUGAUUCUGGAGGUUGGAGAUGUUGUCUAUGUGAGACUUUGGUCUGGAAGAAGGAUACAUGAUAACCUGAAUAACCACAACACUUUCAGUGGUUACCUACUGUUUCCCUUAAAAUAACAGGAGCUUAGCAGAGUGUGAUUCCAGUAAAACUGAACCUUUAGCGUAUGAUUUAACAUCAUGAAGAAUCAUUAACAUAUGAACCUGUAUUAAUGAUAGCUGACUGUAUGAAAGUCAGUAUAAUAUGCUAUACUCGUAGGUUCUGAGCUGUCUAGAAUGUAUAAAGAGUUUCAGCACUGAGACUGACGGGACUCCAUGAGAAAAUCUAAACUGUUAAUAAAAGUGUAGCUUGUUAUUAA